AUGUUUUGGGUGUCCCCUUCAGCCGCCUUGGACAGGUACGCUAGUGCCGUGGUGGGUCGUUUGUUGCAUCCCGUGAGCAGCGCUACGGCGGUCAGUCGAGGGCCUGGCGGCUAUCGAGACACGUUUCAUGAAGCCGCUCCGGUGGAACUGGAGUUGCUGCUGAACUUGGGCGCCGAGCUGGGUGACUGGCUGCUGCUGAGCGGCGGCCUGGGCCAAAGCCCCUGGGGCCCGUGCGGCCCGUGCUGGGCGCGGCUGGUGGAUGCCAAGGAAGUGCUGGCGCUGGAGCCGCCCAGCUGGCAGAGAAAGGAGCUGCCUUUCAUUCACCUACCUGCCGGAUUGUUGGAAAUGCUGGGGGCAACUGCUGGGCGCACCGAGAUUUCGGUGAAAUGGAAGGAGGGCUUGCAACCUCCCCAGGGACGUCGUUUGGUCUUAUCCUCGGUGAUGAGUUCCUUGUCGUUUUCAACAGCUCAUCAGGAAGCCGCCUUGAAGAGUUUUUUCCAUGUCCCCCGAGUCCUACGAAGUGGUGAGGUCCUGGCCAUUCCACUGCAUGGCCUCUCGGAAGCGUUGAGGGCUGUGGAGGUGCCACGGGAUCCAGCAGAGAGCCGGGUGGUGCCAGACUUGGACGCUACGACAGAAGCGGAGGUCUUUGAAGUGGCACCCCAUUUGGGAACCCAGGAGGUGGCGCAGGCAGAUCCCCUGCAUGGCUUCGCCUUCUGUGACUUCUUCAGCUUUAAGGUGGAAGUCCUUGAGGGCCCAUGCGAGUCCCACAGUUUUCAGAUUGACAAAGCGGCGGAGAUACGGCUGAAGGGCAGCAGCCAAGCGCGCGGCAUUCCCUACAUCAGCAGUCACCAGUUUUGCGAAGCCCCUCCAGCCCUUCUGCCGUCACUGCGGCCAGCCAUGGAACGUCUUCUUGGGAUGUUGGCUCCUGCAGUUCGCGCUUGGGAACUCAGAACAGUACCUGACCUGCCAUCUAUCCUGACCAUCGGCCCCCGGGGCUGUGGCAAGAGAAUCUUGUGGCGGAGCGUUUGCGAGCGCCUGGGCUUGCACCUGCUUGAGGUGAACUGCAGCCAGCUUGCGGAUGGCGGUACUGAGGCACGAGUUCAAGAGCUCUGCGCUGAAGCCGCCAAGCUCUCGCCCUGUGUUUUAUGCUUCCGGCGGCUUCAAGCCUUGGCCAAGGCUGGGCCAUCUGCUUCCCCUGCUGCCACUCUGCUGCAGCAACGUCGGGUGGAAGAAGCCUUGGCUGGUGCCCUCCGGAAGGCCAGGGCGGAGGAGCGGGUGCUGAUUUUGGUGGCAGGGUCCUGUGAGGAUUUGGAAGAUAUCGGUGGCCCCUUACGGCAAGCCUUCCGGCUGGAGAUGGAGGUGCCCCGCCCCACCGAGGCACAUCGGCACUUUGCCAUUGCGAGGUUGAUGGGUGGCACGGUGAAAGCCAAGGCAAUCCCAAAUGGCCAGGGUGAUGCAGUAGAGCCUUGCCUGGGGACCGCCAUGGCUAAACUCACUGCUGGUCUUUCGUACACCGAUCUGCGGUCAGUUUGCACUGAAGUUCUGAUAUCGCAUCCCAAGAUCUCUUUGGAGGAGUCGCCUGCCCCCGAAGUUUCACAACUCAUUGAGCAGGCGGUGAAGCGAUUGCAGGGUGGAUCCAAAGUCGCAGUGACCUUGGCUUCCAAAGUGCAAUGGGCAGAUGUGGGCGGCUUGCAGGAUGCCAAAGAAGAGAUCAUCAACUGCAUCACCCUGCCAUUGUCGCAGGGGGACCUCUUCGCAGGACAGAAAGUGCGCAGUGGCGUGCUGCUGUUUGGCCCCCCUGGCACCGGCAAGACGCUUCUUGCUAAGGCAGUAGCAACAGAAUGCAAAGUCCAUUUCUUGAGCGUCAAAGGGCCGGAACUUCUCUCCAUGUACAUUGGCGAGAGCGAGAAGAACGUGAGGUCGCUCUUCCAGAACGCCCGGGACCUGGCGCCCUGCGUCCUCUUCUUCGACGAGUUGGACUCCUUGGCGCCCGCCCGGGGCCGCGGCUCCGACUCGGGCGGCGUCAUGGAUCGGGUGGUGUCGCAGCUGGUCACCGAGUUGGACACCAUGCCCGCCACCGUCUUCAUGGUGGGAGCCACCAAUCGCCCAGACUUAUUGGAUCGAUCUCUGUUGAGACCCGGCAGAUUGGAUCGGAUGGUCUACCUAGGUGUCGCCUCGGACAAGUUGCCGCUCUUGUCGGCCAUUUCGCGAAAGUUUGUGCUGGACACAGGAGAUGUCUCCGGUGCCGGGUUGUUGGAAGUCGUGGCGAAAUCAUGCCCGCCAAACCUCACCGGUGCAGACGUCUCGGUGCUUUGCGCCGAUGCCUAUUCCAUCGCACAGAGGGAACAUAUCGCCAAGUUGCACGAGAUGGCGGAUGGUCUGAGGGUGCAAAUCAGCACUCUUCUGCUCUUCCUGGACUCUUGGGAGCUCCAUCUGUCCACAUCCUACUGCUGUCGCAGCUUCCAAAGCCUUUGGGCUGGCGAGGUGGACAGUUCCACGGUGCUCAACUCGCUCUCCUUGCUGUUUCCGCUGCGCGGUGCUGGGGCUAAAUCAUCGAAGAACACCGCUGGCUUGAUGCUGUACGGCAGUCCGAAGUGCGAGGCUCUUGUGAUUGCUCACCACACUGGUGCUGAGGAUCAAGGCUUUCGGGAUGUGCAUGCUGCUGUUGCACUGGUUUCCGGACAGGGUCCAGCCGCCGACAUCGCGCAACGAUGGAUGGCCACCUGUGGAGACUCCCAUGCCAUGCUGAAGAUGCUGCAUGGUUUCAGCAUGCUGCAAUCUCUGCAAGUUCGUGUCAGUCAAAGGCAUUUCGAAGAAGCCUUGGCCAAAUUGCAACCCUCCGUGCCCAUGGAAGAUCUACUGCGAUAUGAGAAGCUCCGGGGCGAGUACCAAAAUACGUUCUCCGCUGGCUUGGCUCUGCAGGUAGCUGUUAAGUGCGUUGGCGUUGGCUAUGCGUGUGUAGGGGCCGUUGUUUCGUGGCCACAGGGGACUACUGCGCCCAAGCCCAUUGCUCCGGCAGGGGGUUCGGCAUGGCGCCACUACCAAUCAAAGGAGGUGUUGGGAGUUGAAGGAUCUGCAGGACUCAUUGGCAUCUUUUCCCGCAGGAAAAGUUCCAAAGAGGCCGAAGUCAUCGACCCGGAGCUUCUGGAGGCCGAAGCGAAGGAGGCGAAAGCGCGGAAAUACGGAGGGCUUUCCUGGGACCUCCCGGGAGUUCCUCCCCCAGACUUUUCCAUCGAAUCCGAUGAGCCGGACGCUCAGGGCUUGGGAGUCCAACGCGCUUUGUCGCGCGCAGCUCUCCGUGUUCAGCAAGGGCGUCAAGGACCCUGGAGAUUCAAGUGGAUCCGAACCGAUGAAUGGAUGAACUUCGCCAUCAAUGACUGCGACGGCAACUUGGGUGAAAAGAAAUGCAAUCCGUGUUGCAGCAUUUGCUGUGGCCUGAUUCUGAUCAUCGUUGCACCCUUCGUGACUGGGACUGAACCGCGGCGUUUGGAGAUGGAGGUCAUUUGGAACACCGAAGGCGACUAUGUGAAGACCCUGAAGGCUUCCCGCAGGACGCUGUCAGCUUUGGCAACAGAGGACGGGGCUGAAACCAGCCAGGACAAGUCUUUCGACAUCGAUGCGAUUCGCCCAGCCGUUGGUGGAUUGCAGAAAGCCGUUGCCUUUCGCUGGACUGCGGAGAUGUAUCAGUGGAGGCAGACACGCGGAGACGACAACCCACUUCAGAUGGCGUUUGAUGCGGAAUCAGACUGCCCGGCUGCUUCACGAUAUGAUGAUGACAAUGAUAGUGGUGCGACCAAGCGAAGGGCUCUCUGCUGCCAGCCAGGAAAAGUCGGCUACAUCAAGUUCCAGCGGAAGUACUAUGGCAAGGGCCGCAUAUGCAAGCCCUGGCAAGGGGCUCCGAUGCCAAAGAUUGAGGAAGGGCGCUUGCAAGCGGAGAUGGCAACGGAUCUCUCCAUGGUUUUCGCAGACGGCGAUGCCGCGAAGGAGACAGCUGCAACACCAAGUGCCAACAUGGCCUUGGCUGAGACCGAAGACAUGGAAGACGAAGAUCUACUGGAAGAUGAAGAUGACGACCUGGACCACGAAAGCAUGGCCCGGCGCCUGCUGCGUGGUCCCCCUUCAUCCAACAGUCGAAGGCGGACGGUCUUCACCUGCAAUUUUCCUUGCUACGACUGGCAGCUCACUUGGACUUCAAAAGCUGAGCCAGAUCCCAAAGCUUGGGCGCAAUUGCCCUCGGAGAUCCCGGAGGUUGGCUACCUCCCUUCUGCAGCAGGGAACCUGAAUCUUCCGUUCAGCGGUUCGAAGGGUUACUUGGAGAACACCCAGGAUUCUGUCAAGAUCGGAGGCUUGACACUUUCGGGUUUCAAACCGGUGACGAACAAACUGUCGUACAUUUCCUCAACAACGCAACAAGUCAAAGGAACAGGGGGAGAAGACCUGACCAUCGGCGCAUCGAGUCAAGAGAAAUGGAAAGGUAUGAACUACACAAGCUACACGCGUGAAAACGAUUGGACGUCCAAGGAGGCCAAUGCCCAACAGAAUUGCCUGGUGAGCCGCAGAAGCACCGGCUACAAGGUGGGCGAUUUGAGGAUCUGUUUCGAACGAGCGGAUAUCACCGAGAUGUCCGUCAUUGCGGCGGUGAAGCAGGGUGGCGCAGGACCGGAGUUGGUGGUCUCUAAGGAUCACCUUCGCGCAGAUACUGCGAUGCGCAUCCAAGAUCAGGGCUUUCGAAUGCGCAAGAACAGCAUCAUCUCGUUGGAGCAAAUGUUGGCGGAGGAAAAGGGCUCCAACGAGAGUUUAUUGUAUGCUGGCCGCAUCAUCGGGCCCAUCAUCCUGUGGCUGGCCUUCUAUUGCUGCUUGCAGCCCAUCGUGUGGCUCGUCGACAAGUGUGGAGAUUCGAUCGAUGGCAUUCCCUGCGUUGGUGGCUGUUUAGGGCUACUGGCGGAUUUUGUCGAAACGUUGGUUGGCAUCCUCAUUUGCAUCGUGAGCUGUUGCCUUGGUUUGGGCUGUGGCUUGUUCGCUAUGGCCUGCGCUUGGCUAUACUACAGGCCAUUGAUUGGCAUUUGCCUUCUGGUCCUGUCGCUGUGCUUCUUUGCGGCUGUUGCUUACUAUGCUUACUCAACCAGAGAUCCAAACAAGGUGGAUGCUGCAGGGGAUGGAGGGGCCGACGUAGAAGUUCAGCCAGACAGCCGGCAGUGGGUGCAGCAGUCGAGCUGCGAGAAGGGAAUGCAGCUUAGUUCAAACAAUCGGCCGGUCUGUGAAGAACUGUUGGUGCAGCCAGCGGCUGCCAUGCCCAUGGCAGCCGCUGUGGCCGUGCCGCAGCCGCAGCUCUUCCAGGUCCAAUGUCCUCAGGGCUGCGCGCCAGGCUCCCAGAUUCUGGUCACUACUCCAGAUGGGCGACAGGUUUCAGUUCAAGUCCCUGCCGGGGAAUAUGAGUACCUGAAAGAAGCCCGUAUCCAUGCGCCAUGGCGGAGCACGGUGGCGGAGGCUCGGAAGGAUGGCUGUGAACUUAGGCGCACCGCCUUCCGGACGGCCCGAACGGAUCCCUUGCUCCAGGAGGUGGGGUUGGAGAACAGGCAGUGGAACAUGUCGGAGCUGGCGAACGACCAGGACUGUGAGGCGAGAGGAGUGGCGGUCUCGCGCAACACGGACCUGUCUCAACCAAUCGCUCCGGUAGACAGGAGCCCAAAGUUUCCGGAGUUGAAGCCACAGGAGAACACACUGGAACUAGCAUUGUUGGAGCUGGCUGCAAAACACGUGAGCGAAAGCCAACAGUUGCAGAGGAAGCUCGAGGCUUCGAUCCAAGAAUUGGAGGCCAAACACUUCCUGGUGGUCCAGUACGUUUCAGAGGUUCCAGAGGAGUCAAGUUCCGAACGUGUUGAAGCUGUCGUGCCGGAGGAGCCAGAAAAGCAGAAUGUGUCCCAGGAUGAUGGCACACGACCGCGGGUGUCCAGCUCAGAUUCGAAGACACAAAGUACCCGAUUAAAUGCACUGACGCGGCUGCUGCAGGGCGUGCCGGUGGAGCACCAAACCUCCGACGCAGCACCCAAAAGCAGCGUCACCUCUACAUCCAAGCGAAAUCGAAGGACCCCUGAGCCUUUGAGGUUGAAGAGGCGCCUCAAGAAAAUGAUUUCUGCCGACCACUACGGAUCUCUCCCAGAGGAUGCACGGAGCUGGUAUCAGAGCUUCAGCUUAUUGGCUUUGGUCACCCAUCCCGUUUUCGACGCUUGGACAGCCAUGGUGAUCCUGGUGAACGCGGCCACCAUUGGAGCAGAGACGCAAUACGGCGCUAUGGGUUCAGAUUUGCCAUCCAGUUUGGAGACGGUGAGCCAGCUGUGCUCCUUCUAUUUCCUGUUGGAACUGCUGUUGCGCAUCGGCGCGCACAAGGCCAAUUGGUUUGCAGACCCAGACAUGCGACUAUGGAAUUUAUUCGACCUGCUGCUGGUGGUCAUGUCGUUGAUCGACUUCAUGGUCUUCCGACUUCUCCAGAACGGCGCCGGCUUCACGGAGGUGAAACUCUUGAAGACACUGCGCAUUAUGCGCGUCUUCCGCGUCUUCCGCUUCUUCCGGCAACUCACCCAACUGGCGCUGAUGAUCACAGAUUCCAUUCGAUCGCUGAUUUGGGCCUUGGUGUUGCUUGCCAUCAUCAUUUAUGCUUUCGCCAUCUUUCUGACCGCCAACGUCUCGGACUGGCUUCACGUGGAAUUGGGUUCCCCUGGUAUGGACUGGCCAAACUUGGCAGCAGAUCAUCCGGACCUGGACAUUCGAAUUCUGGAAUCUGCCUAUGGUUCCUUACCACAGACUGUGUACACACUGGUGCAAGCAGUGCUGGGUGGCAGGAGUUGGCAUGAGGUUUGCACUCCUCUCUUCAAAGUCGGAUGGCUGCCAGUGAUGUUGCUCUUUAUCUACGUAUCCUUUGUGAUUCUGGCUGUUCUUAAUGUCGUCACAGGGGUCUUCGUUGACAACGCUUUUCGCUGUGCUGAGAAGCAGCGAAGUCUUGCAAUACAGAAAGAAAUGGACAAGAAAGAACAAUGGGUGCAAGAGAUCAAGGACUUCUUUUCGGCCAUGGACCAGGACGGUUCCGGAGACGUCACGCCGGAUGAACUCGGGGAAAUGCUGGAUGACCCAGCCUUAUCGGCGUACUUUCGCGUCCUUGGCUUUGACAUUGACGAUGCCCGCAGAUUCAUUCAGCUUCUGGACACGGAUUCCAACGAGAGGAUCAGUAUCGAUGAGUUUCUCCGCGGGUGCCUGAGGUAUCGGGGCUUGGCCACCGGUGUGGACAUGCACACCUGUCUCAGGAUGGUGAGGCGCACAGAGAAGGCAAUCAACGACCUGAGAGAUGCAGUUGGGAAGACACGUUCCUUCCAAGUCAACAGCAUUUGA